UCUGUGGGGGCAAGCAUGUUACACUGGGAGCAGUCACGGAACAGGCAAGUGAGGCCAGAGACCCACAUGGAUGGGGUAUUGUCACAAGCUACCCCUUGGAAUGAAAUCUGCAAGGAUGAGCAGAUUGUGGAGAUCAGCUGCAGAACUCGAUUCACUGUCUAUUUAUUGAAGGAUGGCAGAGUUUAUAUUUUGUUCCAUGACCAGAAGCGGAGAGUACAGCCAGAGCUGGUUAAUGGAUUGAAAAAGCUGAAGAUUCACUCUGUGGACAGUGGAGCAGCACAUAUUGUCUAUGUUUCUGAAGGAGGAGAUGUGUUUUUCAGUAAACUACAAAACAAGAAGAACAGAAGUUUCGCAAAAGCUUUCAAAAUCACAGAGCCAAAGCAACUGAACACCUUAGCAGGAAAGUGCGUUAUUCAGGUUGCCUGUGGGAACAAUCACUCACUGGCUCUGUGCAAAGAUGGUCAGGUGUUUGCGUGGGGCCAGAACGCUGGGGGCCAGUUGGGCCUUGGCAGGAGUGGUCACAGUGUGCUCAGACCCCAGCGUGUGGAGGCAUUGACGGCGAUCCCCGUGGCUCAGAUUACAGCGGGUGGAGCUCACAGCUUUGCUCUCUCCCUCUCUGGGGUAGUGUACAGCUGGGGAAGAAAUAAUCGCGGACAAUUGGGGCUCAAUGACACCAAAUCUCGGCGUCUUCCCACGUACGUGAAGCUAUUGGAGUGGAAGAAGAUCGUCUAUAUUUCCUGUGGAGCACAGCACACUGCCAUGCUGACUAAGGACGGGUCUGUUUUUACCUGUGGGGCUGGGAGUUAUGGGCAACUUGGACACAGCACAAAAAGGGAUGAGAUCAAACCGCAGCUGGUUACUCAGCUACUUGGGAGUGAAGUCUCUCAGAUUGCAUGUGGGAGCUAUCAUACGUUGGUCCUAGUAGCAACAUCUGGUAAAAUCUACUCUUUCGGUGGUAUGGAGAAAGCACCGGUGGGAAAUGGAAAGCAUAGUCAUCAGGUGGUACCCAGUCCUGUGAAGUUCUUAAUCAGCAUACCUCAUGACACAGGACGUGUUCAUGUGACACUGAGCCAGUCUGCUUCAGAAUUCGCCUCGGCACACACCAGGAGAAUGACAAGAGCAGCUACAGACAAAGCCAAUAAUCACAAGCGGACAAUUACCACACCCAGCUUCCUUCAUGCAACAGACACACCGGCCAAACAGCUGAGGAUCAGUGGCAUAGAGGGUACGGCACCAAAGUUAACCACACAACUGCUUCCCGGUGGAACCAGGGCUCAGCACAAAACCAAAGCAUACAGGAAACAUCAGCAUGGGAGUCAACUCCCAAAGACCAAGGUUCCAUCGAGACAGAAGGCAAAGGAGAAGACAGAGCUGACCCAUUCGUUCAUAGCAACUGAUGCAGACUCCAGCAUGCAAGAUUGCAUAAUGCAGCCAACAAUCAAAAGAAUUUUUGCAGGAGCUAACCAAGGAUUUGCAUUGUGUCAUGUUGAAGUGGAUUCAGUUCCCUCUGACUAUGAAUCUCCAUUCCUCGCUCUGAAGAGAAUUGUUACCGUUGAAGAUUCCCUCCUGGACAGAUGGAGUGCAACAGACGAUGAAGAACUGUGGGAAGACACAAAAGAGGAAAUUGAUCUUCUCUUUUCUUCUGCUGCAUCCCUGAAUGGAAGUUUCCUGGAAACAAGCAAUGAUGAUCAUUUCAAAACCGGCCUAGAGUCCUCAGGGGUUGACAUGUCAGCAGUGAGCAUUUGGUUCGAGAAAUUGGGGAAAAAUCCAAGACUUUUACAAGAGGUAACCAAUGUGGUUGAGACAAAUUUGAUUCCAUCGCUCCCUACGUCUCCUGUUGGUGUGGAAGCUCUUCGCGUUUAUCUGGUUCUGCCUGAACUCCUCGAUGUUCUGACCGAGCAGAGCAACAUUGUGAAACUUGGAAAUCUUCUGAGCUCAGCCACUGCAUCCAUUGAGGGAAGCCAACUGGAAAUCCUUGAAUCUUGGUGGAGUCACCUCAACGAGUUUUUCUUCAAGAAACUUGUGACAAUGUAUAAAAGUGCAUCUUACAGACUGCUUCAAGAGACUUCCAGCAACCAAAGUGAAUUCCCUGAUAAACUGUGCAAUUGUCUCAAUAUUUUGCAAAGACUUUACAAGAUAAAUUCCUCAGCAGGUUUUCAAAUCCAGGAGAACAGUUUCUACAUAGCUCCUGCAGAGGUCUUCAGGGAUACUCCUAUUUCCUGUAUAUCAUUAUUGAAAUUAAUUCCCUACUCCUGCAUUUUUAAUAUGGAAACUAAAAUUCAGAUUUUCAAGAGGAUCUCACACCUGGAAAUUCAGGGAAAAAAGGUCACUGAUGAAAAAAUUAUUUUUGGCUAUAAGAGAAUUUAUGAUAGCCUUUUUGAGGAUAUCAAUCAUUCUUCUCUGGAAAUUUGUCCUUCUACUGGGAACACUGGAACCACUAAUAGGAACAUUGGUGCUUCUCUUGAGUUUUCUAAUGUCUGUCAUGACAACGGUGAUAUCGCAAUAAGCAUCACUGAUGACUCUACUGCAUACACUGAGGCAUCUUCUAGCAACAUGGAUACAUCAGUGACAGACAUCAAUGCCUCUGCUAGGAUAGUUGACGUCUUUACAGGAAACACUGCCUUUACUGAGAUCAUUGAUGCCUCUAAGGAAAAAAUUAAUGCACCUAACAAUAGUAUUGAUACCUCUACAGGGAAUGCUGGUGCACCAGCUGAGCUCGUUGGAACCUCACAUAGAAACCUUGAUGCACCUAAGGACAAUCUUGAUGCUUCUACAGGAGAUGCUGAUGUCUGUAAUGGGAUCAUUGGUGCUCCUCCUGAGAUCACUAGUACCUCUACCAGUGAAGCAUCCAAUGACAGUAUUGAUACCACCAGUGAACACAUCAGUGUCUCCACUGGGAUUAUUAGUGACUGUACUGGGAACACUGAUGCCUGUAAUGACAAUCUUGUUGGCUCCACAGGAAUCACUAAUUCUUCUGCUGAGAUCAUUGGUACGUCUACUAGUAAUACUGAUGGACCUAAUGACAAUCUUGAUGCUUCUACAGGGAAUGCUGAGGUCUCUACUGGGAUCAUUGGUGCUCCUGCUGAGAUCACUGCUAUCUCUACCAGAAACACUGAUGCUCCUAAUGACAAUAUUGAUGCUCCUACAGGGACCACUGAUGCAAUGACUGGGAGGAAUAUUGGUGACCCUGGGGCCAUUGAAUCUACCGAGAGCACUGAUGUCCUGAAUGCAAGCAAUGAUGCCCUCUCUGUUGACCUUUCCACCAUCAACUUUGAUGAUUAUGAUGACUAUGAUGAUUAUUAUGAUUAUCCUAUUUUCAUUAGCAAUGAAGAACUUACAUAUUGUCUCCACAUAUUGCAUAAUAUUUUGAAUCUCUCUGCCAUCGGAUGCCAUCUACAAAUCGAUAGAACAGAGAUCCUUCAAAGUACAUUGGCACAAUUGAGAAGCUGUGACGAAAUUAGAUUUCGUGGUUGGUUUCAGGUCACGUUUAAAGGUGAACCAGCUAUUGACGAAGGUGGUGUGUCAAAAGAGUUCUUCUCCAUCAUUACCGAGGAGCUAUGUUCUCAACCAAAGAUAUUCAAGUUGUAUGAGGAAUCCAGGCUUGUUUGGUUUCCGGAAUGGGAUCCUGAAAUCAAUGAUAUCUUUCGUCUGGUGGGAAUCCUCUGCUGGCUUGCUCUGUACCAUGGCUUCGUGGCAGAUUUUCACUUUCCAUUGGCUCUCUACAAAAAGUUGCUUAAUGUCCAACCAACACUGAAUGACCUGAAGGAACUCUCACCAACAUUAGGAAGCAAUUUGCAGAUGCUUCUCAAUUAUGAGGAUGAUGACCUUGAAGAGACAUUCUGCAGACAGUUCACAGUAGGGAGAGAAAUGAUUGAUGGAUCAGUUACUGAACAUGAGCUUAUUCCCAAUGGUAAAAACAUUCCUGUAACAAAACAGAACAGAAAGCAAUUUGUCGAGUCCUAUGUCAACUAUGUGUUUAACACAUCAGUGGAGAAACAUUUUAAAGCCUUUGCAGAUGGAUUUCGGGGGGUUUGCCCACUGCCAGUUGUCGAUAUAUUUCUGCCAGUUGAGCUGAUGGCUGUGAUUCAUGGAAACACCAAAUAUGACUGGCAACUGCUGGAGAAAAACACAAAGUACAGUGGAUACACAGAGGCUGAUGAAUCCAUUGCAAAUUUUUGGGAAAUGUUUCAUGGACUGACAGAGGAAGAGAAGAAACAUUUUCUUGCCUUCCUAACAGGUUGUGAGAGGGUUCCAGUUGGUGGCAUGGAGAAACUCCGCAUUACUAUCAAUUAUGUCCCAAAGGAUGAUCCCGAUUUAUACUUCCCAGCUGCCCACACCUGUAACAUGAGCUUGGAUCUGCCCAAGUACAGCAGUAUGGAAGUUCUGAGGGAGAGAUUCCUGCGGGCAAUUGGAUGCUGUAGAAAAUUUGGCAUAGCAUAGUGACAAAUCUUUAGAAGACAUUUCUUCAUUUUGUAUAUUUGUCCUUAUUGAUCAUCAAUGCACAGUAAUUGAACCUACCACAUCUCCAUCCUUUCUAGCACCAUUGCUACCAUUUAUAUAAAAAUCGACCCAUGAGCUUUUGGCUUCAGUCAGUCAUAACAUUUCAUAUGCUUCAUGUAAGCAUCAACCUUGGUUUUUCAAGAUUCAUUGACUAUCAGCUGCACUUGUCCCUGAUUCUCCAGGAUUCCCCUUUGCAUACUCGCCAAUAAAAAGGUGGUAGGCAGGAGAUACUGAGAAAAGCCCUCGCAUCAAUUGGCUUGUCUGUCCCAGAGCUGCUUGAACAGAUCCUCUGGUAAAAUGGACAAUACACACAGCCUAAACCCUGAGGAGGCAACACCACAACAGAGAGAUCUGUCAAUGUAACCCCCAUCCUCCUACACCACUCUCCCUCUUCCAGCCUUCCCACUCCCCUCUCCAAUCCCCCAUACCUAGCUCAGGACUGAACUGCACAACUGUGACAUUCCCAGACUGGGGAGAAAGAAGGAGAAUGGCACUAAGUCAUGAUGCUCUUUGAAGAGCUGGAGCAGAAAUGAUGGGCUGAAUGGCCCCCUCCUGUCCCAUAACACUUCUGUGAUUCGUGGAUUGACCUAGUGGUAUUAUAGCGACACACCAAGAUCACUGGACAUUCCUAGAUAACAAAUCCAGUACAACAUGCUGCAAAUUAACCCUCAUUAACAAUGCAAAUUCCUCAAAAAUAUUAUGGCACUUCUGUAAAAGUUGCCACUUAAACUUCUGCCCAAGACUUUGAUCUCAAAACCUCACCUUUGGAUGGAGACGUCACCUUUAUAUUGAACAUAUUCACUUGUUAGUUUUAGUUAAUUGGCUCUUAAUAUAUUCAUAUUUUGGAUGUGGUAUCAGCAGUUAAGAAAAUGUAAAUUGAUGGUGAUAAAGAUGAUUACAGAUUCAGGUUUAAGCCAAUAACUAUCAUAAUGUUUCUAGCUCUAAGUCAGUCUUAAGCACAUACCUUUUUUGUACUACUCAGGAUGCUGGUGAGAUCAUGUUUAUAACAUAUACUAUGUGUUGUUUAGAAUAAAAGGGGAUGGUCAAUGUUUCAAUCUCCAUUAUUUGUGAAAUGAUAUUUUCAUCAGCCAUUGGUUAUGGGAUUAGAGAAGGUGAGGCUUGGGAACGGGUUGGGAAUUUGAAGAAGAUAUCCUGAUGUGUUUGAACCUCAGCAAUUUCUUGGUACAGUCCCAUUAAAGUAAAAAAAAUCUCAAGGUACUUCAGGGGAACAUUAUAAACCAAACUAUGACAUUUUAAAUCAUGGAAGCAAAUCCUAGGUCAGGUGACCAUGAACUUGGCAAAACCUAUAGGUUUUAAAGAGUGACCUAAAGGAGGGAAAAGAGGGCACAGUUCUCAGGAUACAUUACAGUUAUCCCAACAACAGACUCAGCACUAAUAUCAUCACAACAGCAUUAACGCAGGGUACCUUUCCACCAGUCCUGCACUAUAAAAUGCUGAAAAAUUGAGGCUGAAUUAUUUAUGAUUACGUGGGAUUUUAAAGGUAUAAGAAGUGAUAAUGACUAUUGAUGAACAUUUUUGGCCUGGAAAAAUGAAAACAUGUGUUGAAUCUCAUUCCAAGAGAAGAAAAUAAUUUUCCAGAUUGUAUUUAAAGACAGUGUGAAUUUUUUUACCUUCCCCUUUUAAAUACCGCCAGUAGACCCAACCAAUUUUGCUGUCUCUGUCAUGAUUUUAAUGUAAUUUAUCAUUUUUGUUUUACUUCCUGGUUUGAAGAUUGUGCCUUAGUAAGGAUUCUUGAUGACUGGUUAAAGAAUCCUUGCUCACAGAGAACCUGUAGAGGGUGCCAUUAAAGCCAAUAUCAGAUUGGAUGAACUGAAAUUGCUGGAAAACUCAGUUCUGACA